GCGCUUCUGCGCUUCGUCUGAGCAAACUAAGCCUUUGGCCUGUCCUUUGUCUCCGCGCACAGCAACCGGCUCCUGCGACCCCUGGGCUUUGUUGCGGAGGCCAGGGGCCUGUUCAGAGGCCAGGGCGGGGGCAGUGCUGCCGUGUUUUCGGACCGCGAGGGGGAUGCCGCGCGGGCUAGGCGAUCUCCAAGGCUUGAGCUGAUGAUCCUCCUGUUUGAAAGUAGAAAGUAUAUGGAUCAUAUUCUCCAACUAUGACGUGCAUCUCGCGGAGAUAGUGUACACUUAUAAUUCUUCUCAGCUCUUAGUCUUGGUAAUCUACGAAGGUAUUUAUUACAAAAGAUCACAUAUAGACCAGCAAGUAACCAUUCAGCAAACAGUCUACAAUCAAGAAUACAUGUAGAAUACACAUCAAUUUUCACAUAUCACACUGAGACUGUCAUUAAAUACGCUAAUUUGCUGAGAUGAAGGCAGCGUACCUGACCUGCUCACUGAUCUGUCCUCGAGCCUGCCCUACUCCGCGCCUGAACCACUGCAUCUACCCAACACCAGCCUCUACUCUUUUCCUCCAGCUGCCGCAAUAUCCUCUUCUCAUCUACAUCAUCCACUGCCCGCCUCUGUCUCUUGUAACGAGUACAUCCCUCAUCUUUGGUCGUUGCGAGCAGCCAAGAGCUCAGACGACUACCAAAUCCAAUAAAAUCGCGCCUGGUACGCGCGGCCAUCGCAGUUACGUAAAUCAGACGACGUCAUCAUCCUCAUAUCCUCAUCUCCUUAACAAACGAGUGCGUCACUUCCAACGCGUAAUUUUACAUACUUCUGAUAGCUAUGCAAACAGGUAUGAUGUUUUUGUUUAUGUCUUUGCUUCUCGGAAAGAUAAAUCAAAGAUUAGCCGUGUGUUUCGUAUCGAGUUCCAGACUCCGACUGUCGUCAUCUGGCAUCCAUCUGCAAUCUGUGGGGAAGGAGCUCAUCUCCAGUGGUCACGACCCAGUUUUACGACUCGUAUAGCAAAUCAUACAAGUUCCUCGCGAGUAAACAUAUGCCUGUAAUGUAGAAGCACUCGAAAAUUGAUAACCCAGACGCAUAAACAUG